GCCAUUUUGGCUCAAGUAGAGGUGGGACGCUCGCCCAAGACCGCGGCACCCUGAGCCGUGCGAAGACCGCAGCCAUGGGCGAGCCUGCAACCAAGAAGGCCAAGACCGAGCGUACCUUCCUGUUCUCGUCGGAGUCCGUGAACGAGGGCCACCCGGACAAGCUCUGCGAUCAGGUCUCCGAUGCCGUGCUGGACUGCUGCCUUGCGGGCGAUCCCAAGAGCAAGGUCGCCUGCGAGACCGCCACCAAGGACAACAUGGUCAUGGUCGCGGGCGAGAUCACCACCCAGACAGCGAUCGACUACGAGAAGGUCGUCCGCGGGGUGGUAAAGAAAAUCGGCUUCGACACCUAUGUGGAUGACCUGUCCAGCGUGGACAGCAAGGGUCUCAGCGACACCACGUGCGAGGUCCUGGUGCGCAUCAACAAGCAGAGCCCCGACAUCGCUGGCGGCGUGCACGUCGGCAAGGACGAUAUGGACGUCGGCGCAGGCGACCAGGGCAUCAUGUUCGGCUACGCCACCGACGAGACCGAGGACUGCAUGCCGCUCACCCACUCGGUCGCGACCAAGCUCGGAAAGAAGCUGACGGACGUGCGCAAGGACGGCUCGCUCUGGUGGCUGCGCCCGGAUGGCAAGACGCAGGUCACCAUCGAGUACGUGCAGAAGGCCGACGGCUCCGUGGAGCCCCAGAAGUUCCACACGAUCAUUGAGUUCGACUGCCGCCCUGGCGCCAUCGCGGUGACGCUGGCCCUCGCGAAGGUGAAGUACCAGGAGACGCGGCAUACGGCCACUUCGGCGCGAGGCGUACACCAAGGAUGCAAGAAGUAUUUCGAGUGGGAGAACGCCAAGGACGUCAAGAAGUACGCCUCGAUGGAUUCGGCGCAGGUGUCUGCGGCACUGAAGGCGAGCAACUACUUGACUAAAUGGGUGGACUGA